AUGGCAACAUCGGAUUUUUUGUGUAAAUCUUUAAAUAGUCCAGAAACAAUGAAUAUUAUAAGUCAUCAUGAAACGAAUUCAUCGGAUUUUAGCGAACAUAUUUUACAGACACCAAUCACAAGUUCAACGCUAAUUGGUGAACAAAAGUUUGAUCGUUCAGAUAAAUCCAAGAUAAGUUCGAAAUCAUAUUUUCCAAUUGAAACAAAAUUCUCAUCCUCCUUAUCAUCAGCAACAACAUCAAUACUAUCAAGUGAAUACCAUCAAACUGACAAUUCGGAUUUAUUAAAUUUAUCUUUAACAUCUGGAUCAUUAACGAAUAAUGCAAUCAAUCCUUCUUCGACAACAACAGAAACAGCAACAACGACGAUAACGAAUAAAUCGCCUUCUGCACUUCCAGUAUUACUUACUAUUUCUUCACAUGAAAAUUAUUCAAAAGAACUAGGAAAGACUAGUUCAAGCGUUAAACGUCGACGGAAGCCAGAUGGUUAG